UGCAGCAGUGUGAACUAAGAUAUUACUAACUGUUGGAUCUAUUUCCGUCGCUCAAUCAUCAAUGCGGGCAGUAUUUGUGUUUUGGUUGACACCGCGAGAAGUGUGACCAUAGCAAAGUAGUUUUGCGGUUGACACAAAAUGAUUAAUGAUGUGCCAUGCUUGACGUACAUGGCACUGUACAUUCUAUCGUUUCACGUACUUCAAAGUAAUUCGAGAACGUCAACUCUAUGGAAACUAAAUGCAGAAGAAGGAAAAAUAAUGGAAGCAAGUCAUUUUCCUGGGAUUGUUACAUUACCUGACGUUAACAGCGAUUCGCGGAUCGCUGACAGUGACCGGAUAUUUAACAUUAUUACGUCAACAAUACAUUUUGGAAAAUCGUGGACUAAACAGAGCAUGGAGUAUUACUGCACAGAUUGUCAAGGAAUGAAUUAUGCCCCUAAUGAUAUAUCCAACAAUAAGCAGACUGAAAAAGUGAAUAAUAAAACAAACCCUACAAGAAAUGACUGGAGCUCCAACAGGAACACAGUGGAUUUAGACAUAGAUGAAAAACUGGAUUGUGGAAAGCCAGUAAAUUUUACUUAUUAUGACAAUCUUGUUGGAGUUGCAAACAGACACAAUCAUCCACAUGUACCAGAACCACAAGUGUCUUUGAUAUUCAAAAAGCGAAGUACAAAAAAUAUUGAGUUUGACGUGAAUGCCUUGGAAAGAAAACUGAAGAAAGCAAAACGAGAGAAACCAAAGUCUGUACAACUUUACAACCAGAUAGGAAACUUCUGGAGAAUUAAAGGUGAUGCACAAAAGUCUAUAGAGUGCUUUAGAAGGGCCCUAGCAGUCUCACCACAUAAUGCGGAGGUGCUGCUUAAUUUGGCACGGGUGCUGUUUAAUCUGCAGUACCUUGAUGAUGCCAUUUACUUGACGAGGAGGUCACUGGAAGUGCAGCCUCCAGAUAAAAAUGCUUGGCAGCAGUAUUUUACUCUUGGUGAGAUCUUCAAGGCAUAUGGUCAUUACCAAGAGGCAACACUGCAUUUACGCCAUACCUUGGAGCUGAAGCCUGACUUUCAGCCAGCAGUUGCAGCUUUAAAAGAUAUGGAAAGUUUGCCUGAUACGACAAUUCAUGUCUACACACUUCUUAUAAUCAUAUGCUUGGUCUUGGGUGUCUUGCUUGUCAUCCUGUCUUCAAUGGAUGGAGGCCUUGAAGCUGAUUUUGCAGAGGCAAAACCUCAACGCCAUUUCAAUCGCGCUAUGGCUAUGCGAAGUUUGAAGAUGGGCAUCUCUCCUCGAGCGCUAAGAGCCAAGAGGUAUGCAGGAAACUACCCUUGAUUCAGUGCUUGUGAAGUUGUCGGAUGUGUUGUAUUACCUGCCAAAUAUAUGUGUGUAGUACCUGUAAAAGCUCACCAUUUAAUUCUGAUGUUUCAAACAUUAGAUAAAUGCUGUUGAAUGUAUAUUUUUUAUAGAAUUUGUUUUAUUUGUGAUGUAAUUUAUUUUAUUUAUUUGUUAUAAAAGAACAACAGAAAAAAGUGUUUUUAAAACCCAAGUUUCUGUUUUGGUGCUUACAUUAAAACUUUUAUUUAUUUUAGAAUCAGAUUAAAUCUGAAAUCGUGGUGUUGGUCUUUGACUUGCGAUGAGCAUGCUAGACGUUGGAGGAACUUCUGUUUCCUUUUAACUUUCUGUUUUACUUAGAAGCAGCAAUUCAGAGAAUUAUUGUUACCAUUGGUUGUGGUCGUGAUGCACACCAGGAAAAGAAGAUUCUGUCAAUUUUUAUUUUAAAGAAAUAAUAAUUGGUCUUAUUGUGUGACAUAGUGCAAUGCAUUACUACUUCAUAUGCUGUUGAUGUUCCCUAAAAUGUGUUCAAAUUUUUUAAAUCUAUCUGAGAGCAAUAAGUAAUUUGUCACCAUUAAUACUAUAUUUAUUGUUAUGUCUUUCAUUAAAUAUUUUGAUAAUGUUUGUGUUGUCCUUUGUGUACUCAUUUGCAGUUCCUAUCAUUUGUACACACAAACAUUUGUAAUUUGAUUUAAAAUUGUAAUGUGGGUUUUGAGUGUAAGUAGAGGACAUGCAGCAGAAUUUAGUUCUAGUCAUUUUUCUUCUUGUGUGGAAAUGCUGUAAACACUUGUAUAAGAAACAGUUCACAUACUGAGGACUGAAACAGACGUUUCUUUAUUAUAUACAGUAUUAUAACUGUCCCAGACAUAUUUGUAAUUGGUGUUUGUCAUUUGAAUCAUUUGUUUUGACAUUUGAUUUUAUGACCUUGUUUUUGAGAAAUAUUGUUUUGUUGUGAACUGUAGCCUUUAUGCAGAGAAAUGUUUAUUUUAUUAUAUACAUUAUAAUUUUUGUAUGAAAUUCUGCACAAAAUUUUUAUUGUACAGGUAUUCAUCUGUAAUCGUGUAUAUAUUCUUGAUAAAUUGAGAAACUUUGAUAUCAGAUCACCAAACAAGAAUAAAAACACACAAAUUGGUUCUUAUUUAUUGACAUUAAUAUUUCUUGACAUGUCACUAAGCUUUUGAUGAGAUUCCAAAUCUUUAACUUUGUAAUUUUGUUGGAUAAAUUGUUGUUUCAGCUAUAGGAGAAUAAGCUCCCUUUCUGUGUUUACACUGUUUCUUGAAUCCCAGUUAUAGUCAUUGUUUGUCUGAUUUUAUUGUCUGCUAUAUGCACUCAGAGUGAGAAAAGUAGUUGCACCUAAAAGGAAGAGGAUUGUAGAGAUAUGUGGAAUGAAUUGGCAAACUAGCUAACAACAAUAGGUCAUAUGAGACUGAAUCUGUACCAAAAAGAAAAUUUAUUUGGGAAAACUACGAGAGAGAAUUGCUAAACACUCCUUAUCUUCAGGAGGCGAAAUUGUUAGUACUGUGCUAAUAGACACAUCUCAGAGUAUAAGAAAUGAUUCCAGCAUGCUGAAUUAUUGGUUCCUUUGGAAGAAUGAAAGAGGAUAGGGGAGGUUAGAAAGUGUAGGCAGGCUACUCAGAUGCCAGGAUGAGAGGCGAGGGGAGACAGAGAUCCAGCACCUGAGGCAUAACUUGCAUGUAGCAGUCAGUGGCUUAAUGAACUCAUAAAAUCUAGCGUCUCCCUUACCUUUCCAUACGCAUAUCUUUAGUGUUCUUCCAACAGGACAGAACAACACUCAUCCACACGACCUGUCUAAUUGACAAGUCAAACUCAGUAUUUCUCCAUCAAAAAUAUGCAGGAAUUGCACGCGAGUGUACGGUGUACAUGGGAUGGGAUUAUCAAAGUGGAAUUAUCAGUAAAAUUGGAAUACUAUGUGAGAAUGUGAAAACCACAUCAGUACAUUUUACCAAAAGAUACUACUUUCGAGUGCGCAACUUCUUAAAUAUUACAUAUAAAACUUUUUGGCAGAUAAUGCUUCAAUAUACAUCAUGUAUUUUCUGUCCAGUCUGCCUGUAUACACUUUGCUGGAGACUACAAGCCUGUUACAGACUGCAGUAAAUGGUACAAAUGUAAACUGUUGGAGUAACACUAUGGAUAAGUUGUUUGAAAGGGGAAGGAGCCUAUAUUUUAUGAGGUUGUUAUCCCAUUGAAUGCUGUGUGUGCAACGUAAUAGCUGUGCCUCAUUUAUUUAAAAUAUUUACGCAGUUUACUGCAGUCUAUAACAUCAUCGCAGUCUCAUGACAAAGCGGACUUGAAAUGGACAGAAAUCACAUGAUGCACAUUGGGGCAUCAUUUGUUUGAUUUCUGUCAGACUACAAAGUGAGGUUAAAUUCCACCAAAGUGCUGACAACAAAAUUAUUUAAUGUGCAUUUGAAGGCCAUUUGUUGGGUUAAUUGCAAAGUACAAAAUUCGAUGUGGAUUGACUGAACGUAUUGAUAUCGAACUGCAACUGAAAUCCCAACCGUGAGAGUCUACCAGUAUAACGAAUCAAAUGGGUGCGGUGCUCCACCAUAGCCAAACAAUAAACAAACACACAGUUCAAGACUACUGGAUAAGUUGACUACACCUAUAGGCAUAUCAACACUGAACUGCCAAAGCAGUCAACUGCCCUCAGGAAACAGCUAAUUUUGACUGCUGCUGAGCUAGCAACGUCCCCAGCCACCAUGAUCUGACAUCACUGACAUACACAUAGUGAAUCAUGAUGCAGGCUCUCUGAGUACAAUGUAACACAAGUAGAUUCACCUUUGAGAAAAGUGUGGUUUAUCCAUUCACACAUCUCUAAAGUUGUCUCCUUUUAGAGAAAUUCAGAAUUUGUUGUUGUUGUUGUUGAUGAUGAUGAUGAUGAUGAUGAUGAUGAUGAUACAUUUUCAUUCCAACACUUCUGAUGAUAACAGGCAGCAGUGUUUGUUGGUUUAUCUACACAUUUUGUGAGUGGGAACACUAUUUCUUAUUGAAAGAAGCUGCAGUAAUGGGUGUUGAUCAGCCAGCAUACGUAAAGUUGUUUGUUCGAGAUCUUCUUGACCCUUUAUAUUGCUAGUGUAUAUCUUGUUUGUCGAUUAUAACUGACAAUUCUCAUAGUGAUACUAUUGUGACCGGUAUGAGGGCCACUGCGCCAUUAGUAUGAGGAUUCUCUGAAAAUAAAGAUGCAGUCUCUGAUAAAGCUGUUCAAAUGUUUUAAUUGAUUGUGUACUUUCUUCAAAGGAGGUGUGUAUCAAAAUUAAUCAUUGAUUCAUUCCUGCUGACUUUCUUGGUGCAAAUAUAUUUUUUUGAAAAAUGUUUAUUGUGAUUUCUUGUACUGAUCAUUAGUUCUGAAAUGCUACUAAUUAAGGAUCAUGUUAAACAAUUAAAUUUUUGGUGAACCAUGAACAUUCAGUAUGAAUUACUUGUGCAGAUUGUUAUGCUCAAAGUUUAAUAAGUAAGGAAAAAGUAUUAUUCCAGUCUUACAAAGAACAUUUUUUAGUGAUGUGUGAUUCCAAAAAGUUAUCUUAAAGUGUGUUUAGAAUGAAAUUAUUUCAGAGACUGUUGUUAAGUGAAGAUUUUAAUGAUGUUAUUUUCAUUUGUAACUGUUCAAAUAUUUUCUACAUUUUUUGGCUAUUCAGUAUUAUGCUCCUUUUUUGAUCCGAACCUUAUCUUCACAAGGUCUGUAAGCUAUUUUCUUGAA